AUGGAAGGAUCAAGAGGUCGAGUCGGUGGAUGCAGUUUGAGGAACAAGAAUUAUUUAGAGAAUUAUAUGUUGGGGAAAAAGAUUGGGCAAGGAUCGUUCAGCAAGGUGAAGAUGGCAGAGCAUGUAUUUGGAAAGAGAGAUCAGGAUAGCGAGAAAGUUGGUGCAUCCUCACAUAGGUUGAGUGUACGAGGUGAUAGAAACACCAAAAAAGAUAAAUAUGGUGAUGGAGUAUCUCAAAUCUGGAGAGCUCUUCCAUUACAUCUCUCUCAAGGAUGCCUCAACGAAGACGAAGCCCGUCACCAUUUCCAGCACGGUAGGGCAAGAGAUUUGGUAGCAAGAAUGCUGGAAGUUGAUCCCAUUAAGAGGAUCACCAUUUCUGAUAUCCGCCGCCACCCUUGGUUUCUGCCUCAUCUUCCAAGCUACUUGGCGGUGGCGCCGCCGGAUACGGCAGAACUAGCCAACAAGAUUGAUGAUGAAAUUCUUGAGCAAGUAGUUAGCUUGGGAUUUGACAAGAAUCAGGUAGUCGAUUCUCUCAACAAGCUUAAACAAAAUGAGGCAACUACUGUAGUAUAUCAUUUGAUGGUGGAUAAUCAACUCCAAACUUGUGGUGGCUAUCUGAGGUAUGAGUUUGAAGAUAUGCUUGAGGUGACCUUGCCACCAUAAAGUAACCUUUAGUCUUCUUUUUCCAUAUUGCAAAAUCUGAACAUCUCAAUUAAUUAUACUGUUUUCAUUGUUCUGUGCAA